UAACAUUAUUGUCUUCUUCUCUAGUUGCUACCUCGUAUAGUACUCCACGUAUACUAUGCAACUAUAUAACACGGCUGUGUUGACUGGAAAAAUUCAUCAGUCGUUCCACGAUUCCACCAGCUAAAGCUUCUUCCUCAUCAUGCAGGUCCAAACUGUUAUCUUCUUCGUUUCAUUGGCCGUCGUUUUGAUUGCUGGACAGGAGCAGCCUCAAUAUGCAAGUGGUGUGGCCAAGCCUUCUUACGAGCAACAGCAGGCUCCAAUGCCGCAUUCCUUUGCCUGGGCUGUUAAAGAUGAGCCCAGCAAGAACGACUACUCCCACCAACAGGAAAGCGAUGGCAAAGUGACCACCGGCUCCUACCGUGUCGUUUUGCCGGACGGCCGCACUCAGAUCGUCGCUUACAAGGCUGAUGAAAAUGGAUACGUUGCCGACGUCAAAUACGAAGGUGAAGCUCGGUAUCCUGAAUACAAGCCAUCCUCUUACAGCAAACCAACGCAAUCCUAUACCGAAGAGGCGAAACCGGAAUACCUUUCGGCUUAAGAGUUGAAAACAGGCCGAAUCGACGUGUACUAAUGUGAGUUCCCAUUCGGAGCAAUUCUUUUUCAAAAGUUUAAUGUUUCAUUGGUUGUAAAUAAACUCCUGUAUUAUAUACGAAAUUCAAUAAAUUAGCUAACUUUAGAAUGA